AUGUUAAACUGUGUUUUGAAAGAAAAAAACGAAAUAAUUAAUUGGAGAAGAAGAUUUCUAAGGGAUAUUAAAAAAUUCGAGGAGGAAGGAAGAAAAAUAUAUUAUCUUGACGAGACUUGGGUAAAUGCCGGUCACACGGUGAACAAAGUGUGGACUGAUACUACAAUCUUAAGUGCACGAGAUGCAUUUAUCCGUGGCCUUUCAACGGGCUUAAAAAACCCGACGGGCAAAGGACAAAGAUUAAUAAUCUUACAUAUUGACUCCGAAAAUGGUUUUGUAGAGAAACGUCUAGAUAUGUUUCAAUCUAAGAAAACGGGUGACUAUCAUGAGGAGAUGAAUUCAGAUAGGUUCGAGGGUUGGUUUCAGGGAAUUUUAAAUAAACUUGAGGACGGAUCAGUCAUUGUAAUGGACAAUGUAUCCUACCAUUCCAGAAAAUUAGACCAGUGUCCCACAAGUUCCACACGAAAAGCGGACAUACAACAGUGGUUAAGGGAACGGAAUAUUAAUUUUGAAAACAAUAUGGUACGGGCAUUGGUUAAAGAGAAUCGGCCAUUAGUCCAAAGAUAUGUCGUUGAUGAGAUGGCCAAAGAGAAAAAUAAAAUUGUUUUACGAUUGCCACCUUACCAUUGUGAAUUCAACCCAAUUGAACUCAUAUGGGCACAAAUCAAGGGUGAGGUGGCAAGGAAAAACGCAACAUUUAAAAUUAGUGAUGUCCAAACUUUAUUUACUAAAGCUUUAAAUAAUGUUACCCAAACCAAUUGGAGUAAGGCAAUCCAACAUGUCCGAUUUUUUCGAAAUAAAAUGUGGGACAUUGAUAAUUUAAUGGAUAAACAAGUGGAACCUCUAAUAAUAAAUUUAAGAGCCCUCUCAACCACCUUUUUUGAACACAAAAAAUUUAUCCAGGAAAGGACCUUGUGUUGUUUAUAA